AUGUCAGACGCCAAACCUACUUCCUCCAUUGCCAUACUCGGCGCUGGCGAUGUUGGCGCAACGAUUGCGUAUAGUCUCAUCAUGAACCCCGUCGCCGGCGACAUUCUGCUCGUCGAUCCCAAAGAAGAAGUCAGAGAUGCACAGGUAGCAGACCUUUCAGACGCAACCUUCCAUGGAAACACCACCACGCGUGUAAGAUCGGGAACGCACAAGGAGGCAGGACAGUGCGACAUCAUCGUCAUUGCAGCCGGCGCCAAGCAAAAAAAGGGCGAGAGCAGAACCGAUCUCAUCGGGCGCAACAAAUCUAUUUUGGAAUCCGCAAUCUCCGACAUGAAGCCUUUCCGCGAAGAUACCGUCUUGUUGCUCGUUGCCAAUCCCGUCGAUGUGCUUACCUACUUUGCCCAGCAAUACUGCGGAUUGCCACGUAGCCAGGUCAUUGGAUCGGGCACGUUUCUCGAUUCCGCGCGGCUGAGGGGUAUUUUGGCUAAGAGGGCGGAGGUCGCGGCGAGUAGCAUCGAUGCUUAUGUGCUGGGUGAACAUGGGGAAUCGCAGUUUGUUGCGUGGAGUUUGGCGAGUAUUGGCGGUGUGCCUCUCUCGUCUGCUCUGUCCGAGUCUUCUGAUCGUGCAGCAGACAAGACGGCCAUUGCAGACGAGACGAAGAAUAAAGCCACGUCCAUCAUCGAGAACAAAGGUGCGACCAACUAUGGUAUCGGAGGCGUUGCGGCAUCGAUUUGUAAAUCUAUUCUCUUUGAUGAGAAGAUUGUGAGGCCGGUGAGCUACUACCAGGAUGAACUCGGUGUGUGUCUUAGUAUGCCGGCGGUUCUGGGUAGGGGUGGCAUUGUGAGGAGUGUGCCGAUGCCGCUUGAUGGUGAAGAGAAGAGGUUAUUGGAGAAGAGUGCCAAGACGCUCAAGGAGAUCUCGUUACCUCCACACUCAUCUCCCUGCGACGACUCCACACCAUCAGCUCAAUAUGCCGAAACCCCGAAACUACCCGUGAUGGCUUCUGCGAGUUCAUCAGCGCGUCCAACAUCGAGUGCACGGCAAAAACACGUCACUACUGCUUGUUUGAGCUGUCGAGCGCGCAAGAUCAAAUGCGACGCUGCCAGCCCGUCAUGCAGCAACUGUAUUCUAUAUGCUCAACGAUGCGUGUACCAACAUGGCCUCGACAAGCGGAAAGUUCCCAUGAAGGAGCGACUUGUUGCUGCAGAAACAUAUGCAAGGCAGCUGGAGGAACUACUCCAGGCAAACGGGAUCCCACUUCCGAGCUACAGGAAUCUAUCAACCCCAUGGACGGCGCUCCCAGGUCCAGCGACCAAUUCAGAGCAUAACUUUGCCAGUUCAAUGCCCUCGUCUAACCGAGAUCUUUCUGUGGCUCUAGAGACGCCGUCAAUGAUAACGCUUGACACUCCUCAGACUGACAGCUCUUCACCCCUGGUCGACCAGCUCACUGGUAGUCUGGGAUCUCUCAGGCUUGCCGAGGACGGCCAGCUCAGGUUCUACGGCGCUACGUCCAAUCUCCAUUUACUCGUUUCGGGGACCCGCGCGACAACCAACACAAGAACAGCAGUGAGCCGGGUAGGGGUUCAAGCCACGCUGGAUGCCGCUGGCGUUGAACAUCUCGUGGAUACAGAGCUCGAAGAUCAUCUCAUCAAGCUGUACUUUUGCUGGGAGGACCCGAGUAUCCAUCUUGUACAGGAAGACGUUUUCUAUCGCGAGCGACUCAAGUGUAAAUCGGGUGACUACGUGAGCAAGCUUUACUCCGAGGUGCUCGUCAACUCUAUGUGCGCUGUUGGCGCAUCGUUGACUUCCAGGCAUUGCGUGGAGCUCCCCGAACCAUUAGUUGACUUCUUUGCGUCGCGUGCGCGCGCACUGCUCGACGUUGAGUUGGACUCGCCUACAUUAUCGACAGUGCAGUCUCUUGCCAUUUUGAGCGGAGUGGAAUCGAUUCGCACUCUUGAUGCUCGUGGCUGGCUUUACAGCGGCAUGGCAGUACGGCUGGCCACCGAUCUCGGCCUGCAUCUUGACAAUCAAGUCUAUGUAGAUGCUGGUAUCAUCGAUGCGGAAGAGGCGAGUUUGCAGAGAGUAGUGUUUUGGGGUGCUUUUAUCCAUGAACGAAUGUGGUCCUUGUAUCUUGGUCGACCGGUUUCACUCGACGAGCAUGCCAUUACCACACCGCCUUGCGUUGCCAAGGUCGGCGAGCAAAAGCUGUGGCGACCCUAUAUUGACGAGUACGCGGAUUUUGAUUUCCCCGCUUUGGUCGAUCCGAUUGAUGAAUUGCACCGGAACAAUGCAACGCUCUGCGCCAAGAUGGCUCGUAUCCGGGAUACUCUAUAUUCCGACUCUGUCGUGUCAGUGCUCGGUGCUCAGCAGCUUCACGACUUUGCUUCGGGUAUGCGAGCUGAGCUUGCACAGUGGCACAAGGACUUGCCAGAGUCUUUGAAAGUUGAUCUGUCGUCGGUCUCAUCCUUCUAUGUCCCGCACGUGUUGCAACUUCAGAUGCAAUAUCACACCGUCAUGAUCAUUGCCAAUCGUCCAUUUUUUACGGCCACUACGGCGAACCUGCCAGACGUUGCUUUCUCGGAUCCGAUGGUCGGCCCACCAACAUGUACCGACUCAGCUAGAGCGAUAGCCAAGCUACUUCAAAUCUACCGAAGACUAUACAGCUUCCGGCGCAUCAACAUCCAGGCAGUCCAUCUCGUAUUCACAGCAAGCUUGAUCCAUGUGCUGAAUGCCUGCGAGGCAGCGGCACCGUCCUUGAGGAAUUCAGCGUGGAAGGACUUGGAAGUUUGCCAGCAAGCCCUUUGCGACUUAUCAGAGGGUUAUCAUAGUGCGACGCGGGCCCGUGAAGUGGUCACUGGGAUACAGAAUGAACUCUUGCGAGCAAAGCGUGAGAGUAUGAAGCGAAGUGCUGCACACGGAGCAGGGUCUGAGAGCAACCCGACCCGAGCGAAGCGGCGUCGCUCAUCUGCAUGGGAGCAGCCUGCAGGACCAGCUGCGGAUCAUGGUCAUAAUGAUACCAUAUUGGAUCCAGCACUCAACGUCAUCGACUCGAUCUUCUGGUCGGAAUGGACCAGAUUGAAUUAA